UUCUUUAAAUGAGAGCCGGAAGGGAAAGUUUCAGACACAAAUUUAGAAGGUUGCGUUAAUGGAGGUGGUGCUGAAAGGAGGACCUUCUUCACUUAAAGAGGAGCUAGGAAUCAACACUGUGGAUCGUGAGGACGAAGGUGCGGAGAUGGGAAAGGAGGAGCAGCUGCGAUCUACAAAAGCAGAAAUGGGCCAAGUGAAACAAGAGAAUGAAAAGUUGAAGUCGAUCUUAGCGCAAAUGGUAAGCAGCUACCAAUUGCUGCAUAAGAACUACUCUAAUUACGUGGAACAAGGGAAACCUAAGCCACCUACCGUAGAAGGUAAAGUUGAAGAAGAAGAGGAACAUGAUCUAGUUUCACUGAGGCUGGGGACGAGUAGUUCCACUGCUGGGCAAAAGAAACCUGAAGAGAUCAUCAUCAACAACAACAACAACAAUAAUAACAACAGCAAAGAUCACGACGAUAGUGCUAGUGAGAAAGAAAAGGAAACAGAUCUAACUCUCGGUCUCGACUUCAAGAUCGAUGGCCUUAAUAAUCCUAGCCCCGAGAACAGCUUCGAAGAGUCGACAAAGGCACCCAAAGACAGUCCCAAGAACAGUAGCGAGGAAGACGAAUUAGCUUCUCAACAGCCUCAAGUGAAGAAAGCUCGUGUCUCAGUAAGAGCACGAUGUGACACACCUACGAUGAAUGAUGGAUGCCAAUGGAGGAAGUACGGACAAAAGAUUUCCAAAGGAAAUCCAUGUCCACGGGCAUAUUAUCGCUGCACAGUGGCACCGGCAUGCCCAGUGAGAAAGCAGGUGCAAAGAUGUGCACAGGACAAAUCGAUAUUGAUAACUACGUACGAAGGCAGUCACAAUCAUCCUCUACCGAUGGCAGCCACCGCCAUGGCCUCCACCACUGCGGCGGCGGCGAGCAUGCUCAUUGCCGGGGCUUCAACCUCCUCAGCCACCAACAACACCAGUACCGCCGGCCUCGAUUUUGGUCCUUUAAUUAGGAACGUUCACAAUUCAGCUGGUUCCUUUAGAGAAUCUUAUCUUCCCGUUCCUUCCUCCAUGUCUUCUACUCCUUCUUAUCCCACCAUCACCUUGGAUUUGACGGCGCAGCGUUCAAAUUCUACUUUCCCGCUCAACCAAUUCAACCGAUUCCCGAGGUACUCCUCUCCAAGCUUCAACUUCUCAUCCUCACAAUCUUCCACCUUGAGUUCGACUUCAUUAGCUUGGAGCAAUGGAUUCUCGGGUUAUAGGUCAUCUCAACCGCUCGUCAAGAGCCCCUUUAAUCUUGGAAGGCAACCCUCCUCCAUCCAAGACUCUUUGUAUCACCACAUCUUGCAAAAGGCCAUGAGCCUAAAUCCGAACUCGAACUCGAACUCGAACCCGAUGAAGCAGGAUAAUCUGUUAUUGACCGACACCAUAGUGAAGGCGAUCACCGUUGACCCCUCGUUCCAGUCGGCAAUUGCGGCCCUUGUAUCAUCGCACGUCGGCGGCAAUAAUGGUACUGCUGGAACCGGGAGAGAUCAAGGUGGGCUCGGAUCCAAUGAUUGUGGAUCGAGCUUGAGUUAGCAAUUGAGUCAGUAGAAUGAAAAUAUUGUCCUGAAAUUGUAUCUUAUAGACUCGAGGCUUCUCGAUCACAAUUGGAGAUAAAUUAAGAGAUUUUGUACGGAGGGAUCGGAGCUAGCUAGGAACAAUUUUAGGACAAUAUCUUCAUUAAUUAUCUGUAUUUUGUGGACAAGUUUUUGUGAGGAGUAGACCAAAUCUUCACAAAAACAGCACGAUUUAACUUUCAAAAUU